ACGCCUCCGGCUUGAAGGCUGCGCCGGCCUACGUCAGCCGCGGGAAAUUCCCCUCCCGCCAGGCUGCCAGCCUCUCGGCCUGGCCGGCACUCUGCUCUCGUCCCGCUGCACCCCCUGCCCCUGGCUCCCGCACGGUGGACGGGCGACGCUGGGUGACCCGGAGCGCAAGAAUUCAGGGGGUGGGAAGGUGUGAGCCGCAAACCCAGCGGAGGGCGGGAAGAAGGAGGAGGACCCUGGGGUGGUCGGGGGACUGGGGCCGCCGCCUGCAGAGGUCCCUCGGCCUCCUGACUGACUAACCACGGCCGCCUCUGGCCAGGACGCCGGGAACUGCCUGCGGGAAGGUGCGGGGAACGGAGCCAUGGCCUCCGGUGCGUAUAACCCAUAUAUAGAGAUAAUUGAACAACCCAGGCAGAGGGGAAUGCGUUUUAGAUACAAAUGUGAAGGGCGAUCAGCGGGCAGCAUUCCAGGGGAGCACAGCACAGACAACAACCGAACAUACCCUUCUAUCCAGAUUAUGAACUAUUAUGGAAAAGGAAAAGUGAGAAUUACAUUAGUAACAAAGAAUGACCCGUAUAAACCUCAUCCUCAUGAUUUAGUUGGAAAAGACUGCAGAGAUGGCUACUACGAAGCGGAAUUUGGACAAGAACGCAGACCUUUGUUUUUCCAAAAUCUGGGUAUUCGAUGUGUGAAGAAAAAAGAAGUAAAAGAAGCUAUUAUUUCAAGAAUAAAGGCAGGAAUCAAUCCAUUCAAUGUCCCUGAAAAACAGCUGAAUGAUAUUGAAGAUUGUGACCUCAAUGUGGUGAGACUAUGUUUUCAAGUUUUCCUCCCUGAUGAACAUGGUAAUUUGACGACUGCUCUUCCUCCUGUUGUCUCAAACCCAAUUUAUGAUAACCGUGCUCCAAAUACUGCAGAAUUAAGGAUUUGUCGUGUAAACAAGAAUUGUGGAAGUGUCAGAGGAGGAGAUGAAAUAUUUCUACUUUGCGACAAAGUUCAGAAAGAUGACAUAGAAGUUCGUUUUGUGUUGAACGAUUGGGAAGCAAAAGGCAUCUUUUCACAAGCUGAUGUACACCGUCAAGUAGCCAUUGUUUUCAAAACUCCGCCAUAUUGCAAAGCCAUCACAGAACCCGUAACAGUAAAAAUGCAGUUGCGGAGACCUUCUGACCAGGAAGUUAGUGAAUCUAUGGAUUUUAGAUAUCUGCCAGAUGAAAAAGAUACUUAUGGCAAUAAAGCAAAGAAGCAAAAGACAACUCUGCUUUUCCAGAAACUGUGCCAGGAUCACGUUAAUUUUCCUGAGAGACCAAGACCUGGUCUCCUCGGUUCAUUUGGAGAAGGAAGAUACUUCAAAAAAGAACCAAACUUGUUUUCUCAUGAUGCAGUUGUGAGAGAAAUGCCUACAGGGGUUUCAAGUCAAGCAGAAUCCUACUAUCCCUCACCUGGGCCCAUCUCAAGUGGAUUGUCACAUCAUGCCUCAAUGACACCUCUUCCUUCUUCUUCAAGCUGGUCAUCAGUGGCCCACACCACCCCACGCUCAGGCAAUACAAACCCACUGAGUAGUUUUUCAACAGGGACACUUCCUUCUAAUUCGCAAGGUAUCCCACCAUUCCUGAGAAUACCUAUUGGGAAUGAUUUAAAUGCUUCUAAUGCUUGCAUUUAUAACAAUGCCGAUGACAUAGUCGGAAUGGAAGCGUCAUCCAUGCCACCAGCAGACUUAUAUGGUAUUUCUGAUCACAACAUGCUGUCUAAUUGUUCUGUGAAUAUGAUGACAACCAGCAAUGAUAGCAUGGGAGAGACGGAUAAUCCAAGACUUCUCAGCAUGAAUCUUGAAAACCCCUCAUGUAAUUCAGUGUUAGACCCAAGAGACUUGAGACAGCUCCAUCAGAUGUCCUCUUCCAGUAUGUCGGCAGGUGCCAAUUCCAAUACUACUGUUUUUGUUUCACAAUCAGAUGCAUUUGAGGGAUCUGACUUCAAUUGUGCAGAUAACAGCAUGAUAAAUGAGUCGGGCCCAUCAAACAGUACUAAUCCAAAUAGUCAUAGUUUUGUUCAAGAUAGUCAGUAUUCAGGUAUUGGCAGUAUGCAAAAUGAGCAAUUGAGUGACUCCUUUCCAUAUGAAUUUUUUCCAGUAUAACUUGCAAGAUUUAAAUCCUUUUAAAUCUUGAUACCACCUAUAUAGAUGCAGCAUUUUGUAUUUGUCUAACUGGGAAUAUAAUACUGUAAUUUAUACUGUAUAUAUAAUACGGACUGAGAAUAAUAAUACUAUAUUUGAGAAUAUAAAAAACUUUUUUCAGGGAAGAAUACAACUUUGGACAUAGCGAAUACAAAAUUGGAAGCUGUCAUAAAAGGACAACUCAGAGGCCAGGUGCAGGACCUCACGCCUGUAAUCCUAGCACUUUGGGAGGCCGAGGCGGGUGGAUCACUUGAGACCAGGAAUUCGAGACCAGCCUGGCCAACAUGGUGAAACCCCGUCUCUACUAAAACUACAAAAAUUAGCUGAGCAUGGUGGUACGCACCUGUACUGGCGGCUACUUGGCAGGCUGAGGCACAAUAAUUGCUUGAACCCAGGAAGCGGAGGUUGCAGUAAGCUGAGAUCACACCACUGCACUCCAGCCUGGGUGACAGAGUGAGACUCUGUCUCAAAACAAAAACAAAACAAAACAAAAAAAAAACGCUUUUUUAUAUUUCUUUUUAUAAUGUUUUAAUGUAUUCUUAAAUUUCAAGCAAAUUUAAGAUAAAACUUGUAAUGGCUAUGCCAUUGAAAAACUUAAUUUCUUAUUUUUGAGGCCCAUGGGCCAAGGUAACCCCUAAGGGGUUUUCUUAGGCUUCUUGGAGCUUCUUAGAUUUGCAUGUAUCAAAAUAUCUUUAAAAUGUUAAGUUGGGCAGAAGGCAGUUGAAGUGAGCUUUCAAGGUAUGGGAGGUUUUCCACAUUUUAUACUAUUUCAAUCUAUGCCUUAAAAGUUGCUUAUGAUUUUAGCUUUACACUCAUAUUUUUUAAGGGGAAGAAGUUUCCUUGGACCAUUCUCCUUUCUUAGAUGUUCUCACUCCCCGUGGUCUCAUAAAACUGCCUAUUUGACAUCUCUAUCUAGAAAUCUAAUUAAAGCUCACACUCA